GCAGGAAGCCACUUUACAAAUUUCGAAAGUGCUGCGAUUCAUUUUUAGUACGUAUUAGACGUGACAGUGCUUGUAACCUACAGUUUGUGCGCUAAAUCACAGACUGGUUCACAGCGAUAGAAGCGUUAAUACUGUUAGUUGUACUUUGGUACUUUUAAGUGUAAUUUUGACGGGUUUAAAAUGACGUAGCGACAGCUGCUCCGCCCGCACCAAUCAAAUUGUUUGUUUCAGCGUUGCCGUGGAAACUCGGAAGUAACGCUUAAACACUGCCAGUCGAAAAGUGACGCUAAAUACAUGACCGGCGAAUGGAAAACUGACGAAAACGACGCCGAAUCACGAACCAUUAGUUACUAAUUUGUGACGACCGGGUUUAUUGACACUCCUAACAACCAUAUUCCCUGGCCGGAAGCUUUGUUUUGCGUUAGCAAUCGAGCUAAUAACGUACCACACUGCCAGAGCAACCGUGCUAAAUAAAUAUCAACAACAAUGGACGCUAACUCGUUAUCCUACUCAUUGGAGCUGGUUGCGGGUAGCGGGUGCAUUUUGAACUCGGAGCAGAGGGCAGCUCUGCAAACUUCACUUAUUAUCUUGAAAAAGAACUACAAGUUCAACCGAGUAUUGUUUUGGGGCAAGAUACUUGGUUUAAAGGAGCACUACUUCAUCGCUCAGGGAAGGCGGGAUGACGAGCUGAAGGACACGCAGCAUUUCUACAGCUUCAACUGCAUCGACUGGUUCCUGAUCCCGUCGACCACGAGCGCAAUGAUCGAGGACGUGUCCAAAACGGCGAAGGGUCGAUUUGAAGGCGACCCAUCAUUUGUGUACGAGUCCAGACCAGCGGAAAGACUCGAUCCUACUACAGCGGAAGAGUCGACAACCAAAGUGACGGAGGAGACGAGGUUGGCGGUGACGGUUCAUCACAUCAACGAGGAAGCGUCGGUGGUGCCGCGGGGCGCCUUCAUCAACAGCACGCACGGCGUGGUCCAAAUCAAUCGCAGCUUCGGCGGUCUGUCUUACACUCAGGCCGGGAAACUUGAACAUUUUCUUCACUUCUCUCAGCCCAAGAAUCUGAAGAAAAAGUCGCUGUUGGAGAUGGCCGACCUGAACCCGGCGUUGGACUUUCUGGACCCGCUGAGUGAGGACAUCCCAAAAGGAUCGUGGAGUCUUCAAUUUGAGAGCGCCAACAAAGUGUGCGUGAUUCGCAGCCUGCUGUGGUUGGGCCUCACUUUCUACCACGUGCCCAUGACGCCGCUGCACGGAUUUAUCUACAUUGGCUACGGGACCAAGAAUUUGGACCUGCCCUUCAUGCUUUAAAAUGAGAGAGAUGCGGUGGACCGUAUUUUGUCUUUUUGCUCUGUUCAGUCUGCGCGAUUAUAAAAACAAUCAAUACAAAAUGAGGUAAACAAAGCCAUUUUAUUUGCUCUCUUCGCCUAUUUAUGGGCUUUUUGAAAACCAACACAGUAAAUGAGCGUGUAUGACGUUUAUAAACAAAGAAGGUACUAUAAAUAUAUUUUUUUUUUUUUUUUGGGGGGGGGGGGGGGCACUUGCCCAGAGCAGUGGACAAGAAUCCAAAUAAAUGAAAUACAUCUCA